AUGGCGGGAAACUUCUGGCAAAGCUCGCACUCACAGCAGUGGAUUCUGGACAAACCCGAUUUGCUGCGGGAGCGUCAGCACGAUUUGUUGGCUCUGAACGAGGAUGAGUACCAGAAGGUGUUUAUCUUCUUCGCCAACGUGAUCCAGGUGCUGGGAGAGCAGCUUAAGCUGCGCCAGCAGGUCAUUGCCACGGCCACGGUUUACUUCAAGCGGUUCUACGCGAGGAACUCGCUGAAGAACAUAGAUCCCCUGCUCCUGGCGCCCACCUGCAUCCUGCUGGCCUCCAAGGUGGAGGAAUUCGGCGUCAUCUCCAAUUCCCGACUGAUAUCCAUCUGCCAGUCGGCCAUCAAGACCAAGUUCAGCUAUGCGUAUGCCCAGGAGUUCCCCUACCGCACCAACCACAUCCUCGAGUGCGAAUUUUACCUGCUGGAGAACUUGGACUGCUGCCUGAUAGUCUACCAGCCAUACAGACCGCUGCUGCAGUUGGUUCAGGACAUGGGCCAGGAGGACCAGCUGCUCACCCUGAGCUGGCGUAUUGUGAACGAUUCCCUGCGCACCGAUGUCUGCCUGCUGUAUCCUCCCUAUCAGAUCGCCAUCGCCUGCCUGCAGAUCGCCUGCGUUAUCCUGCAAAAGGACGCCACGAAGCAGUGGUUCGCCGAGCUGAAUGUGGAUCUGGACAAGGUCCAGGAGAUCGUGCGGGCCAUUGUCAAUCUGUAUGAGUUGUGGAAGGACUGGAAGGAGAAGGACGAGAUCCAGAUGCUGCUCUCAAAGAUUCCAAAGCCGAAACCACCGCCACAGCGCUGAAAAGGCCUCCUACUCUCUAGCUUGUAUUGCCUAACUAUGUGUACGUCAUCUUAUUUAUGUCGAUUAAAACGAGGUUUAAGCUAUGUGA